AUGGUUCGUUUCGUGACUUCGCUUCUGGCCCUGUCCCUGUCGGCCACCGUUCUGGCCAAAUCCGAUACCAUCACCUGCAAUACGAGCAAACAGUGCCCCGAGGACAAGCCAUGCUGCUCCCAAUACGGUGAAUGUGGCACUGGUGGCUACUGCUUGGGUGGCUGUGACCCUCAGUCUUCCUUCUCCGUGGGCUCUUGUGCACCCAUGCCCGUGUGUGAAAACAAGAGCUACACAUGGGACAACCUGGACAACACUGCCCUGAACACCAAGUACCUGGGCAAUGCUUCGGAGGCGGACUGGACCUACAGCGGGUUCCCCAAGACCGAGGACGGAAAUCUGCUCAUGACCAUGCCCAAGAACAGCGUUGGCACGCUUUUUGCGAACAACCACUACAUCUGGUAUGGUAAGAUCAGUGGCAAGAUCAAGUCCUCUCGCGGUAAGGGUGUUGUCACUGCCUUUAUCCUGCUCUCCGAUGUCAAGGAUGAGAUCGACUACGAGUGGGUCGGUGCCGACCUGACUGCCGUCCAGACCAACUACUACUGGCAGGGUGUUCUGGACUGGCACAACAGUGGCAACGCAUCGGUCAGUGACCAGGACACCUUUGAUAAAUGGCACACCUAUGAGAUCGACUGGCAGCCCGAACAGACCCAGUGGAUCGUGGAUGGCGAGGUCAAGCGCACGUUGAAGAAGUCAGACACCUGGAACUCUACCGCCAACCGCUUCCAGUACCCCCAGACUCCUGCUCGUCUCCAGAUGUCCCUGUGGCCUGCGGGUCAGGCCAGCAACGCCAAGGGUACAAUCGACUGGGCCGGCGGUGAGAUUGACUGGGACAGCGAGGACAUCAAGGACAAGGGUUAUUACUACGCCACUAUUGGUAAGGUCGAUGUGACCUGCUAUGAUCCUCCCAAGGGUGCCAAGAAGACCGGCGACAACGCGUACAUCUACACUUCCGACGCCGCCAUGGAGUCUGACAUUUCCAUCACGGAUAACUCCACCGUCCUCGGUUCCCUCGCGGCCACUGGCUUGAACAUGACCUACGGUGCCGACAGCGGCAGUGCCACCGCUACUGGCAGUGACAGUGUGCCCACCAACAUGGGUGGCACUGGCGGCAUGGCUUCCAACAGCACCAACGGUGGCUCUAGCGGCACCAGCAGCGGCUCCGGCUCCGGCUCCGGUUCUGGCUCCGGCUCCGCGUCCGGUGCUUCCAGCACUGGGUUCUCUCAAGGUAACGCUGCCACCAAGGACAACAGCGCUCCUACUCAGGGAGAGCGUGUGCUGCAGGGCUCGCUGUUUGCCGUUCUGGUCGCUGUUGUUGCCCUGGUGACAUUGUAG